UCGGUGCCCGCUCGUUCCUCUCCGCUUCGGCCACCAGCACAUCCCGGUGCAUCUUCACAGGAGCAGCAGCAGCUUUCCUCUGCGGCAGCCGCACCUCGCCACACGGCGUAGUGCUGCAGGCUCGCCCGAGUUGCCGCUUUGCUGCCUCCGCUGCCGCUGCCGCGGGCCGCCCUGCGCGGACCGUGGGCUGCGCAGAUACCUCCGAUCCUGUAUCGCUGCGGGCGCCUCGGUGCGCCCCGUGAUCCGCAAUCCUGCGGCGGGCGGCAUGGGAUAAUGCGGCCAUGGUGCGCCGAGAUCGUUUGCGCAGGAUGAGGGAGUGGUGGGUCCAAGUAGGGCUCCUGGCUGUGCCCUUGCUGGCUGCAUACCUGCACAUCCCACCCCCUCAGCUCUCCCCUGCUCUGCACUCGUGGAAGACUUCUGGCAAGUUUUUCACCUACAAAGGACUCCGCAUCUUCUACCAAGAUUCUGUCGGUGUGGUCGGAAGCCCUGAGAUAGUUGUGCUUUUACAUGGCUUUCCAACAUCCAGCUAUGAUUGGUACAAGAUCUGGGAAGGGCUGACCCUGAGGUUCCAUCGAGUAAUCGCUCUUGAUUUCUUAGGCUUUGGCUUCAGUGACAAGCCGAGACCACAUCAAUAUUCCAUAUUUGAGCAGGCCAGCAUUGUAGAGUCCCUUCUGAGGCAUCUGGGGCUCCAGAACCGCAGAAUCAACCUCCUGUCUCACGACUAUGGAGAUAUUGUUGCUCAGGAACUACUGUACAGGUACAAGCAGAAUCGAUCUGGCCGGCUCACUAUAAAGAGUCUCUGUCUGUCGAAUGGAGGUAUCUUUCCUGAGACCCAUCGUCCUCUCCUUCUCCAAAAGCUCCUCAAAGAUGGAGGUGUGCUUUCACCCAUCCUCACCAGGCUCAUGAACUUCUUUGUGUUCUCUCGAGGUCUCACUCCAGUCUUUGGACCAUAUACCCGACCCACUGAGAGUGAGCUGUGGGACAUGUGGGCUGUGAUUCGCAACAAUGAUGGCAACCUGGUCAUUGACAGUCUUUUACAGUACAUCAAUCAGAGGAAGAAAUUCAGAAGACGCUGGGUGGGAGCACUUGCUUCUGUGUCCAUCCCCAUUCAUUUUAUCUAUGGGCCACUGGAUCCUAUAAAUCCGUAUCCAGAGUUUUUGGAGCUGUACAGGAAAACGCUGCCGCGGUCCACAGUGUCGAUUCUGGAUGACCACAUUAGCCACUACCCACAGCUAGAGGAUCCCAUGGGCUUCUUGAAUGCAUAUAUGGGCUUCAUCAACUCCUUCUGAGCUGGGAAGAGUAGCCUCCCUGUAUUACCUCCCCCAUUCUCGUAUCUGUGUGUAUUCCACUUAGAAAUGCCCAAAAGAGGUCCUGGCCAUCAAGUGCUAUCCUUUCAUAAAAGUCCAUUUCAUUCACAUUGGUGAACAAACUACAGAAAAUAGGCAGCUGCAGCUCUAAGGAUGACAUGCUAGUCCAUCUCAUCUCUAAGGGUGACAUGAUAAUCCUCUCAUUUCUGUGACAUCUGGCCAAGUAAAUAGAUCUACUGUUGUUUGUGUUAUUAAGACAUUCUGACUAGUAACACUUUAAAUUUAUGUAGAAAAACAGAAUUAGAUAGUCUUUUCUUGUGUUAAAGAAAACCUCCCAAAACAUAAUAACAACAAAAACCCAGUUUCUGUGGACUUUAUUAAAAUAUUUAGAAAUGCUAACUUCUGGCCCAAUCCUAAUUGGAAUACUGGAAUAAAGAGUAAGAGAGGAGCUUGCUAUCUCCCUUUCAAGAUCUGUAAACAGCUUAUGAGAGGGAAUAUCUUGUCACACCUUUACAUUUAGUUUCAUCAGCUGCUUCUAAUUAUAGGCAUUUUUGUUAAAACAGACAUUGGCUUUGGGGGCUGGGGAAGUAGCUCCGUGGUAGUGUGCCUGCCUAGCAUGUUAAAGCCCUUGGGUUCAAUCCCUAGCACUGUUCCCACCCCCUUCAACACCCCCUCCCCCACCGAACCUACAUAGACAUUGGCAUAAAUACAGUGUUCUGAGUAUGCAUCUAAGACUGAUUUGCAUACUCCUGUAUAUAUUUACAAACAGUUGGCCCUUGCUAAGAAGAAAACCUCAUUAUAUAUAGAGUUUGUGAAUAAACAGGUUGAAAUUAUUUACAGAAUUUCCUAAAACCGCAAGGUAUUAAGAACUGCAUCUGUGCCAGAGAUUUACUGUUAUUGUUAGAAAGUCUACGUUGAACAGUAAAUAACAGCCUGCCUUCUCGAAUCUCAGAGGUUAGGUGCACGGAGGGGAGGGGCCUUUGUUAACAGCCAAAUGUCCACUGACUCCUCUUAGGAUGGCUGCUAGCAUCCCACUGGCUGUUCAGAAAGGCUUUCUCACAUAACUCCUGUACUUACAGGCAAGUUUCCAGAUACUUUAAGAACAAAUUCUGAAAGACCUAAGAGCAAAUGGUGCUGAAUACUUUUUUAAGCCACAGAUUUAACUUAGUUAAAGCAGUAUUAUUGAUUAUUUUAAAUUCGUUUUUUUAAAUUAGAAAUUUCAAGUAUAGCAACUUUGAAACUGGAAUGAAUGAGUGUUUAUUUUCUAUUAAUAAAAACAAACUGUGACAAAAAUGGA